UGCCCACCCGGUCCCGGUGCCGGUGUCGGUGCCAUGAGAUGUGUCAUCGCCGGCGGCAACGUCAAAGUCCUCGGCCGAGCCGUGCACUCCCUGUCCCGCAUCGGCGACGAGCUCUACCUGGAGCCCACCGAGAGCGGGCUGUCCCUCCGUGCCGUCAACUCCUCCCGCUCUGCCUUCGCCUCCUUCCUCUUCGCACCCCUCUUCUUCGAGCUGUAUGAGCCGGGCAUUGCUGGGCCCGACACAGAGGUCUUCCGAUGCAAAGUCCACAUGAAGUCCUUCCUGAGCGUCUUCCGCUCGCUGCCCUCGCUGGAGAAGUCGGUGGGGAAAUGCCUCAUCCUACUCAAGCCCCGUGCCAGCCGCCUUGUGCUGCAGCUUCACUGCAAGUAUGGUGUCACCAAGACACACAACCUGGCUUUCCAGGAGUGCGAGCGGCUCCAGGCUGUCUUCGACACCCAGCGCUGCAGCAGCCGCCUCUGCGCCCCGGCACGGCUGCUGGCAGAGGCCGUGGUCCACUUUCCCCCGACGCUGGCUGAGGUGACACUGGGGACUGGCCCCGGCGGCAAAAUCAGCCUGCGGAACUACAUGGAGGAUGAGGCAGAGCCGAGCAAGACGAUGGUGACAGAGCUGUGGCUGGCAGAGGAUGAGUUCCAGUUGGUGGCUGUGGCCCCAGGCUCCCACAUCACUUUCUGCCUCAAGGAGUUCCGGGGRCUGCUGAGCUUUGCUGAGGCCUCCAACYUGCCCCUCACCAUCCACUUUGACGAGCCUGGCAGGCCAGUGGUCUUCACCCUGGAUGACACUGUGCUGGAGGUUCACCUCGUGCUGGCCACCCUCUCUGACCUGGAAAGCGACUCCCAGUCCACUUCGACCAAUGGUGUGUCCCACCUGCCUGUGCCAUCAGAAGACUUUGCCGACGAUCUCGAGUCCUACAUGGCUGCCAUAGAAACCAGCGAGGGAGGCUCAGGGGGCCCCCCCAGUCCCACCUUCCCCCAGCCAGCUGACACUGACCCCGAGGAGGAGGAGGAGGAGGAGGAGGAAGGGGGUGUGCCAGGGACCCCCCCACACAAGAAGUUUCGCUCCCUGUUUUUUGGCUCGGUGAUGACACCAGGAAGGCCUGGCCCAGCCACCACCCAGGAGGUGCUGGCGGAGGACAGCGAUGGAGAAUGCUGAGCCCCGAGUCACUGCCACCCCC